UCCGUUGCGUCGGAUCGUUAGCUUACUGACGUGCCGCAUUUGGUUUAGAAGAAGCCAAAACUCAGAAAGGGAUUUUUUUUGUGAAUAACUGCUUGAAAAAGUGCAUAUCAUCAUUAACUAUAUACCAACGACAGUUAAAAAUGUCAAGCCUUGUAUUCUUUGAUACGUUCUCCCACGAAGCCAGUGAUGUUACAAAGCUUGACCUGGUGCAGUUUCCGAAAGCAGUUCAUGUGAGUGAAGUUCGAGUCAUCCCUCUUGGAGCAAGAGUGAAAGCAGAUUUCCCAGGUGGUGUGAGAUUGGGAGCUACAAAUCCCAGCCAAUUUGUCAUUGACUUCUUUGUGAAUGACCGAGGGAAGCGCGGUGCAACAACAUUUGAAAAUGUAGGCCAGCUACAAUACAAUCAGCAAGGACCAAUUAAAUUGGACUUUGAUAAAACUCCACCAACUGAUGGUCUGCUGCUACGCGGUAGCUACAACACCAUCACACUUGCCGUCUAUGGUACACUAAGUAAAGCCAACCGCGACCCUCCACCAAAAUCUCCACCUCCACCCCCUCCACCUCCAGCACCAGUCUCACCACCUCCAGCUCAGGUCCCCAUCAGGCAUUCUUCAGGGACUAGGGCUUCUGUUUGCAGUCCAGGAAAACGUGACCCUGGCAGUGGUGUUGUUGGCUCGCCUUCUUUGCCACAUCCUUUGCCUGAGAAAGUGAAUCCUAAUGAGAGGAUUAGGGACUGGCUGCAGGACACACAGGUACCGCACUCACCUCUUGAUCUGGACCAAUCUCCAGCAAAAGAAGAUUGGGAGGAGCCUUCAUUUGAUGGCGAGCCAAGUAAAGAUGAAAUAUCUCCGGCUCCUCCUCCGCCAUCGCCCCCUCCUUCCCACACAUCACGUCCCCACUCGCCUCGUUCCCACUCGCCUCGUCCCCACUCACCUCGUCCCCACUCGCCUCGUCUUCACUCACCUCGUCCCCACUCGCCUCGUCCUCACUCACCUCGUCCCCACUCACAUCCUCACUCACCUCGUCCCCACUCACCUCGUCUUCACUCACCUCGUCCCCACUCACCUCGUCCUCACACGCCUCGUCCCCACUCACCUCCACACUCACCAUCGCCCGAGCACCGGUCCCGACCCUCCCACUCUAGAGUGUCGAGUAGCGAGAGAUCCCACAGACGUCGAGAAGAUCGCUCUUCAAGGGAGCACUCAAGAGAUCGCGUGCGCGACAGAUCAGCUGAAAAAAUAUAUGAUCGUUCUGUUGAUAAAUCCCAAGACGCUAUGCUUGAUCGAUCGAGAGAUCGGUCGGAUCGCGAGAGCGAGCGGGCGGGGAGAAGCGGUCGAGAUCGUCGUCGUCGCUCGUCUCGGGAUCGGUCUAGAGAUCACUCGGCGCGGAGGUCUCUCAGUGCUCACAGGUCACAAGCCAUCGAAGGGAAAGAUUAUGGAGAAAUCGAAAGAGAAGAAAUGCAAAGGUCAAGAGUCGGUGGCCGAACACGCGAGAAGAAGGAGAAAAGAUCCAAGGAUGCCAGGAGAAGCAAGGACGAGAAGAGAGAAAAGCGCAAAGCCCACGACAGUGAGUGGGUGGAGGGUGGCAGUCACCGCAAGCAGCAUCACCGUCGCUACAGCUGCGACAGCCUGCAAGAGGCAGGCCCUAGGACGCCUCCUCCCCCGCCACUACCUAUCGCCAGUCCUCACUGGCCUGAGAAAGACGGAGAAGACGAACAACGAGACCUCAAGAGGCAGAAAGUUGACGCUGAAGGCGACGUGACGACGGCGACACAGAGUGCCAUGCUGUUCCCUGAGGAGCACAUGGAGGCUAUCAGCGACGAUGAAGACUUGCCUGACCUCCCGCUAGAAGAUCCUGACGUCAACGGUGCUGCCGAGUUUGCUUCGUCCUCCGUUGCUGGGGCCGCUCUUGCUGCACCAGGCACGACUGAUGCCAUGGACGGGCCUGAAGCUCAGACGACGGCCGGCGCACCAGCAGUGGACCUGGACUUCGAGGAGAUCAUGUCAGACGAAGAGGAGCUCCCCGAGUACCAGGAGUUUGAGGACGAGGCUAACGAGGAGGAAUACAUCGUCGAGGAAUGGGAGGACUGGCUCAAGCCACCGUGUAUUCUCGAAGAAUUUCAGUUCGUAGCUCCCCUCGUACAUUUGUGCAAUCCAGCGCUGACGGCGCAUCAAAGAUUGUUUGCAGCUCAUAACGCCGCGUCUCAUGUGAAUGCCGCUCCUGGAAAUUGUAGUGCUUCCCCUGCUAUUACGAACGAUGGCGUUGCCAUAAAAGCUCUCACUAUAACUGCUGCUGACCCGUCGUCUGGCAUAAGUAGUGCCGUGACAGUAGAUAAUGCGAUGUGUGAACCUAACGGCGCCUCAAGUUCUGUUCCUGCAGAAAGUGAGAUUCAAAGUCAUGAUGUAACAGGAGCUCCUGUUGUAAGUGAAAACAGUGCUGCUCAUGCUAACGGUACAGUUGUUAACAGCGCAUCUGCUGCUGUUACUACUCUUAAAGCUAAUGUCAGCAGCACUCCCCUUGAGCGUUUCACUGACCCACGGGACAAGAAAGAUGGGCCCGCCAGUAAGCUUCUGGCAGCGGUGGCGAGCGGUUAUGUUCCGUCCCUCAACACGGCCGAUGAACAACGCGAGAACUUCGUGCACUCAUGCGAGCAGGUGCUGGCUCUCCUGCCAUCUGCCCUGCACCUCCUGCCACCCCAUCAAAUUAUGGAAUGCGUGUCCACGCUGUGUGGCUGGAUAGCCGCCAGCUUGGAUAUGGAGUGCGCCAUGGCCCAGCCGCAGCCUGUUUAUAAGAUUCGGCACCUGAAGGCUGGCAUCAGGUUGUGCACGCAGCUCUGUCUCUGCAGCGAUGACAUCACUCGGCAUCUGCUCUACCAACUGCCGCUGCUGCACGCUCUCAGGGCACUGUACCUGGAACCUCUCAUGGCCAUCUCUAUCAAGCUGCUCAUCGUCAGAUGUAUUGACAGCAUACUGAGCACCUGUACGGGCGUACAAAUGUUCUUAUCGCUGCAGCCAAAACUGGACCAGACAGGCUACGAGCUGCUGCUGCAGCUGCUGACCGACACCACAAACACUCGAGCCAAGGCCGCUCUAGCGGCUGUGCUGCGCAAGCUUCACCUGCUCGAGGUCGUGGAGAAACUGCGCGAUGACGUGACGGCCCUGCAGUCUCUCGUGCCUCCCCUCACUAUAUUGGACACAGAAGAAACGAAUCAAGACGCACAUGACAUAAAACUACGGCCUGAAGCAAACGUUGAACGCAAGUCUGGACCGACGUGCGCUACUCCUGUGACACUGCCGCCGAGUGGAGGCACGGACGACGAAUGGUGCGCUGCCACUGACAUGAUAGACGUGGACGAUAGCAGCGUUCGAGACGAUGAAAUAGGAGACGAAGCUGAAGAUGAAGAGCCUCCUCGUCCUGUAUUUUCCGUACCACGAGCCCUCAUAUCCUCGAUCACGUCAUGCCUCUCGCGCAUCUUGCACACCUACACUCAUGCCGAGCUGCUGCUGGCUCAGCCGACGAGAUACCUUCCGGCGGGAAAGCAGUUCCAGGUCCCUAGAUGCCCUUACGAUAUCCUGCAAGAGGUGUGGGUAUUGCUGCAGUUGGGUGACCUCGUACCCUCUCUUGCAUAUCUAUGCAACGCUCUCACCUACGAGCUGCAGCUCACUACUCCUAUUCAGGGUAAAAGCGAGAGCUGGCAGGAAGCGUCCGCCGUGCGCGUGGUGUCAUCGCUCGUGUCGCGCCUCAUCACUGCCAUUGCGAGCAGCCCUCGCGGCCUCACUUUUUUUGCCGUUCACCAUCGCCACUCCACGGCUCUAAUUAAGGCUCUACUCAGGACAAUUGACGGCGAUAGUGCGAGUGUCCACGGCCGUAAUGCUCGAGCUUACCAUCUUGACGAAUCUCCUGGAUACCCUCCACUUCUUCCCCAAGACUUGGGUGUUUUACUUAUCGAACAGCUUCAUGUUCUUCAUCAACUAGAUUCUUUGGCCAGUCUCAGUGCUCGGUGGAAUGUCGGUGACUCUUCAGAAAAUGACAGUUCAAAACUAACCGAAGACCAGUCGCAGGUGGUCGGUCGGAGUAACACGAUUGACGUUCAGCAAUCACUCGUUCACUUGAAUGCAUUAGUAGGGAUUAUGUACUCUCAUCGGUCGAAGUUAUCACUUAUAAAGACGCUUGCCACCGGGGACUAUUUGGAUCUACUGAUGCCUUAUCUCAAUCUCCUCGCUCCUAAAGAUUCGGCCGAAUCAGCUCCACAAAAAGCUGCUUGCGUUGGCUAUGCAAUCGAAAUUUUAGCAGCCACGGUCAAGUUUGAUGGAAACGCAACUUUCCUCGAGAAUUACUCCGAGAAGAUAUGCCAGAUCAUCGAAAAUUGGGAGACCCGAGGCGGUCCUCAGCUAGAAGAAGCUGCCAAAUUAUCAGAGCUUUUGCCAUGGCUUUCAAUUAGUAGAAAACGCGAAAGCUUCUCGUACGACAACAUCCCCCAACUUGUGGAAGCAUUCAAAGGCCAACUAGACCAUGUUGAUAAAUUUCCUGGAGAAUUGUUCACACUGCUGCGGAUCAUGGAGAGCUUGGCGAUUCCGCCAAAGCCAACACAACCAGCCGUGGACAACCAAGAGAACGAAGAGGUCAUACAGGAGUUGAAGUAUCAAUAUGCAAUCGUUCAGUUUUUCUCGGCAGACUUGAUUACGCAUCUCAACAGCUUUUUCAUCAAGCUAGCAAAUCUGAAUCCUCAACCUGGUCUGCACGUAGCAAAAUUAGGGGGGUCUCAGGGAGGGCUUUUGGUUUGCCUUCUCCGUCCCGCGCUGACGCUGAUUCAUGCCCUCCUGCAGCAAGUGAUACGCGCUAGAGGAGCUGCCUACCGUGAUUUGUCUAGCGUCCAGCCUCUGUUGUCGACAUAUCUGCUACUCUCGUCCUUCCCCGAGUCCUGUCCGCACUGGGACUCCGCAUCGCCUCUCCAGCGUCUCGUGUUGCAGACGCUGCUGCUCUACACCCAACCGGGACACAUCCCAGACACUCCUUGUGAUGUCAACGCGCUGUGGCCGCAAAUGCUGCUCCAGAUACUAAAAUUCUGCGAUCGCGCUCCUCACACGAUAGUAGCCGGUUUGUGUUUACUGACAGAGCUACUGCCACUUCCUUUGCCAGUGUCUGGCAGGCAACUGACAGCCGGAGAGAAGGAGCGCUACAUUGUUGUUCGUAAAUUAUGGGCCACAAACAUUGCUCCUCUAGGGGAAGAUUUUCAUCAGCUGAUAAUUAACCUUGCGCCUGGUGCUCAUGCCAGCCUCACGUACGCCUUACGCCGCACCAUCGUGGCACUGGCAGAUCUUGCCCCCCAGACUGUAAUGAUUGUUGUACGUCCUCUGCUAGAUUUGUGUCUUCAAUAUCAAAGGCUGGAUGACAGUUAUCGGGAUCUCUCACGAGUAAUGUACACGUUAGCGUCCUUAGCGUCGCACGCCGGUAUCAAGGCGGCGCUGCUUCAUUUGUUUAUGUCGGAGCCGUACUCGGCUCUGCUGUCGCACUGGACGUUCUGCGUUACUGCUGAAGGGGAAGCUGGCACCCAUGUUCGUUAUCCUCGAUGUCUCUUGGUGCUGCAUUUGUGCCGAGCUCAAAACAACCUCCUGAGCGGUUAUGAAGGAUUGCAGUGGGGCGUGCCGUGCCGGGAGCUACUGGCUCCGCUACUAGAGUGUCAGGUGUCGCUGCUGGCUCAGCCUGCCGUGACGCAGCGUCUCUUGCAGCCUCUACUGCUGUGCCUUCUGGACGUCUCCGCGCAUGACUACGGUCUCUUCCACCUCAAAACCGUUCUUGACAAGCGACGAGGCUGCUUGCUACCCGUUCUUCAAAGUCUUGUGAGCGAUCUUCCCAGGUCUGAAGAAGCGCUGGAGACUCUCCAAAUAUUGAUGAAUUUAAUCCAUAGUCUAUUGUAUCCCGACGCGUCAGUGCUACAAGAAAAUGCUGCUCCUCAGUCCAACUGUGAUACACGCGUGCCAGUUCAGUUGCGCUCCAUGGCAGUCUCUGUGGCCGACUUGUGCAAUUAUUUGUCGUGGCCUGGAACUGCUAAGCUGAAGAAUAUCUCGGCUCUUAACCCGGAAUCCAAUGUUGGUUUAAAUGGAGCUCCACACGAUAAAAAUGCAAGCGAUCGUAAUGAAGGUGAAAAUUUGGGAAUCGCUCACAAAGCGGCUGUCUCAACGACUGCUGCGAAAAUCACUUCUAAUGGCGAGAAAGCUACAUUAACUUCACAUCCUCUGCAGUUCCUGGCAGACAUUGUUGUUAACUGCGAGGCUCAUGAGUGCCUCUUGGAGCGUCUGUACGUCGACAUCACUGAGCUGUUAGCGAUGUUGGUCGCCUGCGAUCCUCUUGACUCCUGCGCUCGAGUGAGCGAGGUAACGGAGGAAGAUGGAGGUUGGAUGGGCCGAGGGGGUCGCAGCGUCACCCAACAGUACGACCAGCGUCUUGUGUGCUGCCCGCCGUCCGCUGACCUCGAGUCUCCGAAGCUGUGGCUGCAGUCACCUCCCUCUCUCUACGCUGACGUCUUCGAUGAUCCAGACCACGAUUUGAUCCCCAUGUCGCUGAGCGAGCUCUUGCGGGAUUGCCACGUGAGCGACUUUGACUUGGAGGCGAGUGUGCAGAAAGUACUGAGGGGGCACCAGGCAGGCCUUUCCCCACAAAAGGGCCCAAUGCUAUCCAAAGGGCCUACUAAAUUCAGAGGGAGCUCGAUUCCAACACGAGCAGCCGCAGGCAGAGGCAUCAGGCCAUAUGGUUUUGCAACUCGCGGACUCAACUCGCGCUCGGACCCAUUCCGCUGCCGUCCGCCAAACACUUCUCGUCCACCUUCUUUGCAUGUAGACGAUUUUGUGGCUUUAGAGAGCACGGGACACCAGCCCACAGGACCAACGGGAUACAACAGGAUAUCGUUCGGUCGCGGAAAAAUGAUUUUGGAUGGCAUGCGAGGGCGAGGGAGCCGUGGCAUGACCAGAGGGGAUGGAAGAGGAGGGCCCAUGCCCGGUCGGUUCAUGUACAGGCCCAUGUACAGACCAGACUUCAACAACAGAGGUAUGAUGAACCGAGGUAUGCGCUGGAACUUCAGAGGGGGCGAUGGUGUCAUCAGAAGUGGGCCCAUGACAAUGGCCAGUAAUCAAUACCGCCCUCAGACACCCGGAGGAAUGGGCAUGCGAUUUAUGCGUGGCAGAGGAAUGUUUGCACGUGGAGCUCCAGGGGGCUAUGGAGAUAGAGGUGGUAGACACAUGCGCGGUGGUUUUCACUGAUGUUGUAAUAGUCGGAGUUCUAAUAAUGCAAUGUUUGGUCAGAGAAAAGACGUAGCUUAAAAAUGAAUGUACUAUAGAAUGUUCAAAUGCUAACAAUAAAAUGUUCAAAAACCAGCAUGUUUAAAUCUAAUAGUAAUAAUGGCGUCCUUACUUUCUAUCGACUCUAGUAACAUACUUGACUAUUAAUAUAAAACGUUUGCAGAUCACGAAGUCUUUUCUUUCACUUAUAUAUAGUGAAUAGUUUAUUCAUUAUAGUUAUGCUAAAUCUACGAUAUUUUAAAGUCUAUUCUUUGAUAACUCAAAGCCGCGUUUAUUAUCUCUACGUUAUCAAAUAAAAUAAGAUCACUUCCUUUGUAAAAUAAUAUAAGCUUCCUCUUGAUAUCAGUCUUAAGAGAUUCCUGUAACAAAACCUUCAACCUAUGAUUUCAACAUAUUAAUCCGUUCUAUCAAUCAGCAGCACUCAUGUUGCAAAUUUCUUUUCUAUCGCUUGGCUUGAGGGGUUUUUUCCAUCACCGUUGUCGACAUGGAUGCUUUAAUCUUCUUUGGCCGCGGCGCCCAUUCUUGAGAAGUCCCUGCUGUUGCCGAUUCUUCGACAGGUAAUGGUUCCUCGCUUUCCAAUCUCUGAAACAUAAUUAAAAUUGUUCUUGACUGA